UGUCACAUCCUCUAUUGCUAUCAUGGUUCCCGACAUGGUUGUGCGGGAAGAAAAAUUUGAAAGGAAAAAGAGUUGAAGUAGAGCGUGUGAUUCUCGCGUGAGCAGUGUGAUAAUUACUGAAAAUGAGCGUGGACGCAUACGGCCCCAGCUCCCAGAGUCUUACCUUCUAUGACACCGAGGAAGCUGACCUUUUAGGGGCUGACACUCAGGGCUCUGAGUACGAGUUCAAUCUCACGCUGGGUAGCCAGACCCAGACACAAGGAGACCCGCUAGACAAGACCCAGCCUACCCAGAGCCAGGUGACGGUGAAUGGCGAUGUGGGGGAGCCCGAAGUUGAAAAGGCAACAGAAGCACUUGCCGAUUUGCAGUUUGAGGAAGAGGAUGAAGAAAAUGCAUUCUAUACGAAGGAACUUCCAGAGUGGGCAUGCCGCUAUUGUGGGAUCCAUGAUCCGGCAUCUGCCGUCAUGUGCAAUGUUUGCCACAAGUGGUUCUGUAAUGGCCGUGGAAACACCUCUGGCUCGCAUAUCAUCAACCAUCUUGUUCGUGCUAAGCACAAGGAAGUGAGCCUUCACAAAGAUGGACUCGUGCGAGAUACUGUUUUGGAGUGCUAUGCUUGUGCUGUCAAAAAUGUGUUUGUGCUUGGCUUUAUCCCUGCCAAAGCAGAAUCUGUUGUUGUUCUUUUAUGUCGACAACCAUGUGCUGCACAGAGUUCUCUCAGAGAUAUGAAUUGGGAUCCAGAACAGUGGAAACCUUUGAUCAAUGAUAGAGCUCUUUUGCCAUGGCUUGUGCGUGUGCCUUCUGAAGCUGAGCAACUCCGUGCACGUCAGAUAACUGCCCAGCAAAUUAAUAAGUUGGAAGAACUCUGGAAGGAGAAUGCUUCAGCAACAUUUGAUGACCUAGAGCGUCCAGGUGUGGACGAGGAGCCUCAGCAGGUUUGCUUAAGAUAUGAGGAUGGCUUCCAAUACCAGAACAUUUUUGGACCUUUGGUAAAGUUAGAGGCUGACUACGAUAAAAAAUUAAAAGAAUCCCAGACCCAGGACAAGAUUGAAGUGAGGUGGGAUAUUGGGCUAAAUAAGAAGAUUUGUGCCUAUUUCACUCUUGCCAAAACUGAUGGAGAUAUGCGGCUGAUGCAUGGUGAUGAGUUACGCCUUAGGUACUUGGGUGACCUUCACAAACCCUGGUCUGGGGUUGGACAUGUCAUCAAGAUCCCUGACAAUUUUGGGGAAGAAGUGGGGAUUGAGUUGAAGUCCAAUGUGGGUGUUCCCACAGAUUGUCGAGAUAAAUUUGUAGUGGACUUUGUAUGGAAAUCAACAAGCUUUGAUAGGAUGCAAGCAGCUUUAAGAAAAUUUGCUGUAGAUGACUCGUCUGUGUCUCCAUAUAUCUACCACCGACUGUUGGGUCAUGUAGAGGUGGAUGAGCUUAUAUUCCGUCAUAUUCAUCUCCCAAAACAGCUGUCGGCUCCAAACUUGCCCACCUUGAACAAUUCUCAGCAAUAUGCCUUGAAGCAUGCCUUGCAACGACCUUUGUCAUUAAUCCAAGGCCCACCAGGCACUGGCAAGACAGUGACUUCAGCCACCAUUGUGUACCAAUUGGUAAAGCAGACUGGUGGCUCCGUCCUGGUGUGUGCACCUUCCAACACAGCUGUUGACCAGCUCACAGAGAAAAUUCAUAAGACUGGACUUAAGGUUGUACGCUUGUGUGCCAAAUCCCGGGAAGCUAUUGAUUCUCCAGUUUCAUUCUUGGCCUUACAUAACCAAAUCCGUAGUCUUGAGGACAAUGGCGAGCUUCAGAAGCUGCAGCAACUCAAGGAAGAGACGGGAGAGCUGUCAUCAGCUGAUGAGAAGCGUUACCGCAUGUUGAAGAAGCAGGCAGAAAAAACAUUGCUGGAAGCUGCUGACGUCAUUUGCUGCACUUGUGUCGGUGCUGGUGAUCCCCGGCUGGCCCGCCUUAAAUUCCACUCCAUAUUGAUUGACGAGUCCAUGCAGGCCACUGAACCUGAGUGCAUGGUUCCGGUUGUUCUUGGGGCCAAACAAGUUAUCCUUGUAGGGGACCACUGUCAGUUGGGUCCAGUUGUAAUGUGUAAGAAGGCCUCAAGGGCUGGCCUCUCCCAAUCUCUUUUUGAAAGGCUGGUUGUUUUGGGCAUACGGCCAUUUCGCCUCACCGUCCAAUACCGUAUGCACCCUCAACUGGCACAGUUUCCUUCCAACUUUUUCUAUGAGGGGUCCCUUCAGAAUGGUGUUGCUGAUGCUGAUCGUACAAUGAAAGGUGUAAGUUUUCCCUGGCCCCAAGCAGACAAACCUCAGUUCUUCUAUGUUACAGCUGGUCAAGAAGAAAUAGCUGGGUCGGGUACUUCUUACUUAAACCGAACAGAGGCAUCCAGUGUGGAAAAAUUAGUAACACGCUUCCUUAAUUCUGGUGUGAAGCCAGAGCAGAUUGGUGUUAUUACGCCUUAUGAAGGCCAGAGAGCUUACCUGGUUCAGUACAUGCAGUAUCAAGGGCCUUUAAACCAGAAGUUGUACCAGCGGUUAGAGGUUGCAAGUGUGGACGCUUUUCAAGGACGGGAGAAGGACUUCAUCAUCAUGUCAUGUGUGCGGUCCAAUGAACAUCAGGGAAUUGGGUUUCUGUCGGACCCUAGAAGGCUUAAUGUGGCCCUCACUCGAGCUCGUUAUGGCAUCAUUAUUGUGGGCAAUCCCAAAGUUCUCUCAAAGCAAGGCUUGUGGAAUCAUCUACUACAUCAUUUCAAAGAAAAGAAGGUUUUGGUGGAAGGUCCACUAAACAAUCUUAAGGAAUCUAUGAUGCAGUUCAGCAAACCUAAAAGACUAAUAAAUGCUACCAACCCAGGUUCUCAUUUCAUGAAUACUGCUAUGUAUGAUGCACGAGAAGCUAUGAUACCAGGUUCCCAUGUAUAUCGCGUUCCCCUGGGUCCUAUCAAUGGCUCUGCACCUGCAGCCUCACCAUAUUUUAGAGGUCCUCAGUUUGACAUGUAUGGGCGUGCACAUGAUUCCCUAGAUUAUAUCAAGGCUGAACAUAACCAGCCUGGCCUCAACAACUUACCAGUACCAGUGGGGAUGUUCAUGAAUAUGGCACACAUCCCACCACGAUUUUACCAACAACACCAACAGGCACUUGCACAAGCACGAGGUGGUCGAGGUGGUGCACGUGGAGGCAGAGCUGGAUCAAGAAAACUUGGCAAGAACAUGGGUGGGGCAAGUGCUCUUCAGCUCUCACAGCCUUUCAGUCAAGACCCUUCAAUGCAGAGCUAUUCUCAGCCUGGCCUCACACAGGGGCACUUGUCACAGGGUAUGUCUGGACCUGGCCUGAGUGGUUUCUCUCAAGGAUUGUCACAGGCAGAAUUGUCUCAAGAUUCCUAUAUGGUAGACCAGUUCCAAAGCCAGACAGAUGGUCUCCUCUCCCAAGACUCUACUUACCAGGGUGACCGUGCGUUCUUUACACCAGCAUCACAAACGCACCAUUUCUCACAGCCGUACUGAUGGCAGACCUGAAGAGAUCCCCUGGCGCAUGAAGGCGAUGAAGCAGCGCACCAGAGCAGCAGAACAGCAAGUGGAGUAACAGAAGGGCACCCACAGCAGGCACAGCAGCAGCAGCAGCAGCAGCAGCACAUGGAAUAGGUCAAAGCAGUCACCUAUUGUGGUUAAAUCACAUUCUGACCUCAUUGCUACAUAAGCUACCAAAGCUUUGAUUAGCAAGAACAUCAUGUUAGGCUUUACAGAAACCAAGAGUUUGUCAAUAGUCUCAAAAAUGAAUAUUUUUGGGUAGUGUAAUACUCUGAUUAUGGUUUAGACAGAAGAUCCCAUCUGGUUUCUAAGCUUCUUAAAAUAAAAAUGAAAUUACCUGUGAAAUUCUGACAGGUGAUAGUUCUUAGUAGCAAGAGAUGAGGUAAGGUUACGAGAGGUGAAAAGCAGGAUAAGUAACUUCCAGCCCCCAUCCUCUGUAUGGGUGCAGAAGUGAUUCUUGCAUCGCCACUGGUGAUUGCUAUGCUGUCUUGACAUGCCUGUGUCCUGACCAGUGGUGAGGCCCACACUCACUCCUCAAUCGCCUACUCACACCACUGGCAAUUACCAUGUGGAGUAUGAGUAGUAGGAGACUCCCAGGAUAUACCCAACAUCCAUUUGUCAUCACUGUUUCUAUUUCUGUUACGUAAUCUGUUUUUUUUUUUUUGUAAUCAAUCUAUUCAUUAUAUGCUGGGUAUUUGGUUUUAGUUACAUAGGUGUGUAUGAUAUCAAGCACCUGUGAUUACUCUGUUGUGUACUUAAUUUCCAGUUUACACUAUCAACUAAUUAAUUCAUCACAGGUGGCAGUACUAUGUGAGACGGUUGACAUGCUGUACCCAAAUUUUAGUUGAUGUCUGCACAAAGUUUAAUAAGUCAAAUUUUUUAUUUAGUUUUGUCAUUUGUUCAGUACUUCAGUAAAUAACCAUUUUCUUAGUAUGGUACAAGUACAAAUUAUCAAAAGUAAAUACUGCCAUUAUUGUAUAUGGUGAUACAUGAGCUAAUGAUACCAUGUUUUUGUAAUCAUGUACAAGAGUUGUAGCAAAUUAUUUUCAAUAAGGAAACAGGAUAUGGCACUCAAACAAGUAAUGUUUUAGUUGAUAAAGAGACAAGCAGCUGUUGAGAACUUUAAGACAAUAUUUUUUCUGCAUAGCAGGCUUUAUCAAGUCUGACAGAUCAUACUUGGUUGAUGGUAGCACAAUUUAUAGACAGAAGACAGGAUUGUUGUCAGGUGUAUACAUAUGAAAUUAAACAGAUAUUAGAGUAGCACAGCAGUAGACAUAUUAAACCAUGCAGUGUAAAUCUUUAAACACCACUAGCAACCACUACUACAGUAGUGGUUGCUAGUUCAUGGCUGUAUACCUGGUUCAUUAUCUGAUUAGCUAAAAGUUUUCCCAUUUGGAAGUUUUGCGUGAUUGUGUUCAAGUAUCAUGAUUAGAGAAGUUCCUUAGCAUUUUCUCUCUUAUUUCUGAUAUUACUGAGAUGGUUGUAUGAAUUUCUAUGUUGACACAGGCAUUGUUCUGUUAUCAGUUUGUGCUGCGUACUUAUGCUCAGUCACUUGCUUACUUUAAUAUCUGGCACUUCUGUGUAAAUCUUGUUGCAGCCCUCACAUGGAAUUUUGUAGCUUCAUCUAUGUUAGUUAUUUUUUUUUUUUUUUUUUUGCAUCCACUUAGGGCAGAGAUAAUAGAGUAGGUCACGAUGGCUACCUUCCUAUCAUCUUGGCUCAGAAUCUUUGAUGUAAGAGUAGACAUUACACAGAAAAUUAUAUAUCAGUCUACUUUCUUCUCAGUUGUGGGUGUUUUUAAGAUUUUUUUAGCAUGUUGUCUACAAUUAAGGAUGAAGAAUGUUGGAUAUUGCAAGUUCCUAAAUAUGUUCCUGAUGGUCUCACAGUGAGGAAGCACAGGCUACAAAUCCUGUAUAUCUGUAGGAGAGACCCUGUUCAUUACACCUUUUUGUCUUUGUGUUGUAAUGUGGCCACUAAUGUAUGAAGUUUGUGAACUUAAUUGAUGGCUCAGCUCUGUUGAACAAUCUUGUGAACCUCCUGUGAAUAUUGGCUUGUGCUUAGGCCAUUAAUAAUAUGUCAUCAACAUAUCUCAUCCAAGGCACAUCUUUAGGAAUUAAGUUAGUAAGUCAAUCAGUUUCUACAUUUCCAAGUAGAGCACUUAACAUUGAGCUCAUGGGCAUGCUAAAGGACUGUUUGUAGCAAGUGCCAUCAUAUGUGAAACAUUUAAAUCAGUACAUAAUUCCACAAAUUCAGUGAAAUCUGUUUAUGGAAGAGGGAUUUCACUGUAGUCACUUACUUGCUGGUGUAGGAUGUCUGUGACCUGGUCACUGGAUCCCUUGAUGAACAGACAUUUGGUCUUUUGUGCUCAGGUGCACGGCCAUGAGCUCACUGUUAAUUGCUGUACUAGGGAACAUUUAUGUGGGGUUGCUGGAAACUGAUAGACUUGAUUACUUAAUUUUUAAUAAUGUGUCUAGGAUGAGAUAUAACAACAUUUUGUUAAUAACCCCAGCAUAACUUAACCUUCACAAGCUAUGGGAUAAUCUUGUAAGAGUUAAACCAUCAGUUCAGUUCACUGUAGAAACUGCUGGGAAUAACAGAAUACUCUUAGGACAUCUUUAUACAUAGAAACAAUGACUCAUGCUCAUUUUAGGUACUGUAUACUGUAACUACCUUAUUCAUUUUCAAUCAUCACAGAAAAGUCUUAUUCACCAAGUGUUUCCUAUAGGCAUACAGGUUCUGUAGCCCAUUUUCUUGAAGAGUGCGAGACCAUCUGGAGUAGUUUUAGAAAUUAGUAAUACCCAUUUUUCAUCCCUAAUAUAGAAAAUUUCUUGAAACUGAAAAGAAGAUAAAUUAAUGAAUAUUUUUUCCUUGCAAGUGACAUCACCUACAAUGUCACAAAUAUUUUGAACCAAACCAACAACUAGAUUCACAAACAAUUCCAUAACAGAGAUGAAGAAGCUGGUGUCUACGAAAUUCCAUGUAGUGGAUGUGACAAAGUUUGCGUGGGAGAAACUGCCAGAUACUUAAGUAAGAGUCAUUGAGCAUAAGUACAUAGCCCAAGUUGAUAACAGGUGCAAUGAAUGUCCAUAAGAAUUCACACACCCACCUGAUGAUAUUUACAAUUUUUUAAAUUAGUAAUAAUAGGAGAGAAAAAGAGGAGGAAAUUCUAUGAAACUGCUCUAGUCAUGACAUCAAACAUAGUCGCACAGAACUGGGGCAGCUCCUAAUUGGCAAAACCUUAUUGUGCAGAUAUUAAACCAAGUAUACUGCCAAGAACUGCCAACCAAUGUCUCGCUAAUAUUUGCUUAAUUUUUAGUACUCGCAUCUGCCUCUGUUCCUGUCUUGUGCCUAUAAGUUGUGCUACAUACAGGUAUGAUCAGACUUGAUAAAGCUUGAUGUACAGAUAAAAUAUUGUCUUAAAUGAAGUUUCCAAUUGCUGCUUCCCUUCCUCUGUAUCUUGUCAGUAUUCCCAUGCCAUCUAUUACUGUAAGUAAUGCUUUCCAUUUUUAUCAGAAUUUUCUGAAAAAUUAGUCUGCUCUUCAAAUUAAUUUUGACUAUUCUUUAUGGAUAAUUUUACAUAAAAAAAAAACAAUAGAACUGGUUUGCAAUUUCUAGUUACUGGACAUAAAUUUUGAAUGUAGUUCUGUUUCUUUAAGACUUCUCCAGACUCUAUCAGCUUAUGUUUUGAGCUGUGAAAUUUCUAACUAGCCUUGAUUUCAAGUGGCACAUUCUGCAUAAUACUAAUUCUUCUGUGCCAUGUGUAAUUUUGUCAAAUACUAUACAAGAAAAAAUUGAAGUACUUUUUUCUCUUCUGUACUGUUUCUUUUCUUCGUUCUUGAAGGUAAAUCAGAUAUAAAAUCCAAAUUGAAGGUUUUUUAAAAAAGUUCUAAUGGAGAAUGAACAUUUUUAAUUCUCACUUUUUCAUUUUUGAAAUUAUCUGACUCCUAUGACUUGAAACCUAGUCUUUUAUAAAAAAAAAUUAACCUGUAUGAAUAUGGGAUUUUUCUUUUUAUCACAGGAGUUUGCAGUAUUACUUUUAUUUUCAUUGCUCUUAGGUGGCAUGAUUACCCCUAUUAUGAGCUUUAUAAUUUCUUGAUUGGGCCUUUAAUCAUUUUCUGAAAAUUUCCCAUUGAAAAAAAUGUGAUACCAAUAAAAUUUGAAAGUUUU